UUGUAAAUGUCGCUUAUCUAGGACUUAUACAGGUGGACAGCGUCCCGACAGCCAAAGAACCGUCAUGGCAGCAAAAUACCGCCUGCUCUUGAAAAAUGCGCGUCAAGUCGUGCAAGUCGUGAACAACGGCGAGAAAUGCCUCAAGGGAGACUCCAUGAAGAAGCUCGCAAUCCUAGAAGGAACAGACAGUCAUGGGUUCAGUCUGGUCGUGGAUCAAUUUGGCAUGAUAGCCGCCAUUGACGAGAGCGGAACGAUCGAAGAGAACUUCAGCGGAUGCCAGUUCGAGAAUGUCGUCGAUGCCACGGGCUGCUGUGUGAUCCCCGGUCUCGUCGACUCUCACACGCAUCCAGUCUGGGCUGGAGACCGCGUGCACGAGUUUGCAAUGAAGUUAGCCGGAGCAUCGUACCUCGAGAUCCACGCUCAGGGAGGCGGCAUUCACUUCACGGUCGACCACACCAAAGACGCGUCCGCGGAAAGCCUCUUGGAUUCCCUGGUGGAUCGGCUCGGAUGCAUGCUUCGCUCGGGCACCACCCUGGUCGAAGCCAAAUCCGGCUAUGGUCUGGACCUCGAGUCCGAAGUCAAGCUGCUGAGGGUCAUCGACGAGGCCAGGGCUCGGACACCGAUCGAAAUUUCGAGCACCUACUGUGGCGGCCAUGCGGUGCCCAGAGGAAAAACCGUGGGAGAAGCCACGGAGGACAUCGUCCGCAAGCAGAUACCGGAGAUCAAAAGGCGGAUGCUGGAAGGCACUCUGAACGUCGAGAACAUCGACGUUUUCUGCGAGGAAGGAGUCUUCGAUGUUGACAGCACCAGGAGCAUCUUGCAGGCCGGCCGGAGCCUCGGUCUGCGCCUCAACUUCCACAGCGACGAGCUGUCCUGCAUCGGAGGAACUGAGAUGGGGGCAUCGCUCAAAGCCGAGGCCAUAUCCCAUCUGGAGCGUGUCUCGCCCGAGGGAGUGCGAGCCAUGGCCGAAGCUGGCACGACGGCGGUGAUCCUGCCGACAACGGCCUUCCUCUUGAGGCUCGAGUCCCCGCCAGUGAGGGACCUGAUCCAAGCCGGGGUCGCGGUCGCCCUUGGCUCUGACUUCAACCCGAACGCGUACUGCACGUCCAUGCCGAUGGUGAUGUACCUGGCCUGCAUCAUCUGCCAUAUGAGCCUCGAGGAAGCCUUGGCAGCGUCGACCAUCAACGGAGCGGCCGCGUUAGGUAGAUCCAGGACCCACGGCUCCAUCGAGGUUGGCAAGAUGGCCGACCUAGUCGUCGUCGAAGCUCCAUCGUGGGAGCACCUCAUUUACCAGUUCGGGUGCCACGAUCGAACCAUCAAAUGCGUCAUCAAGGCUGGAAACGUUGUCCACACAAGAGAAUCGUCGUAGGCAGAAGAGAACCUGCACUUCGUUUCAUCUUAAACCGGACCACGUGCGGAGUCACCCGAAUCAUGGCACAAAACCUUGCAUUCCACGUGGUUCUAAAUAAGGUGAAACGAAGUAUGAACGAGCUUAAGGGUCCCGUAGAAAUCACUGAAUCGUUUGAGUAAACUUCGGAAGCUCUUGGAAGCUCUUAGCGUCUUUCCUUGGGUCCACGGGUGCGCACCAAGUGGCGAUCGCAUCCUUCAUUGAGCUCCCCGCCAAUGGGCGGGGAGCUAAAAAAAAAGGCUUUUAUGGAACUGAAAAAAAAAACAAAAAAAAACUGCUUAGCUUCUAUUAAAGGUGUCAAUAGCGUUCCUUCACAGCUGCGCGCUUGCAUUAGUAGAGCGUUUUAGUAGAUCGUUCCGAUACCUCCGAUAGCC